AUGAAUAUCUCGCAACCUGUAUCGUCGCAGAUUGGCGGCGUCGAGUUCGCCUUUCUGCCGUCGGACGAGAUCCGCGCCUUGUCCGUCAAGCGCAUCACCAACCCUACCACAUUCGACACCCUGUUGAACCCUGUCCCCGGUGGUCUCUACGAUGCUGCUCUCGGAAACUUCGGCGACAACUCAUGUACCACCUGUAAUCUGAAGUUCGGCUGCCCCGGUCACUGCGGUCAUAUUGAGCUUCCCGUUCACGUCUACAACCCUACUUUCAUGGACCAAUGUUUGCGUCUGCUGCGCGCAAAAUGUAUCUAUUGCCACAAGCUCAAGAUGUCUCGUGCAGAGGUCAAUCGCUUUGUCUGCAAGCUUACCCUUGUCAAGUACGGCCUCUUGAAGGAGUGCUACGAUGUCGACGAAAUCACCCUCUCCACCUCCGCCUCGAGCGCAAAGGCCGACAAGGACGAUUCGGACGACGAGCAGGACGCCGACACCAAGGGCAUCAUUGCCCGCCGAAACGCUUUCGUCAAGAACGCUAUCAAGCAGGCUGGCUUCAGCAAGAAGCGCAAUGACUGGGCCGAUACCAAAAUCGAGGCUGUCGCAAAUGAGAGGCGUGCCAUUGUCAAGGAAUUCCUCUACGCCAUCACAAAGAGCAAGAAAUGCAACAACUGCAAUGGUAUCUCACCCACGUACCGAAAGGAUCGUUUCGUCAAGAUCUUCAGAAAACCUUUGUCCGAGAAGGACAGAAUCACUAUGGUCCAGGCAGGCUUCAAGGCUCAGGACCCUUUGCUUCUGAUGAAGAAGAAGCGCGAGGCUCAGGCUAAAAAGCAGGGUCUUGCUCAGGACGAAGCUGUCGCAGACCUCGAGGACUCGCCCGUAGAGUCAGAAGGAGAAGGAGAAGACAUCUCGAUGCUCGACAUCGAGCAAGAGGUUGCAGGAGGAAACGCGUUGGAAACCGAGACAGCAACAACGACUUCCAAGGCUGACAAGGAGGAGAAGCAAAGCUAUCUGAACGCAGGCCAAGUACACGCACACCUUGUCCAGCUGUUCGAGCAAGACGCAGAGGUUCUGGGCAUGAUUUACACUCCUCGCUCAAGAGGCCGCAGAGGCGCUCCUCUGAGUGCCGAGAUGUUCUUCAUCAAGGACCUGGUUGUUCCCCCUAACAGAUUCAGACCCGAAGCCAGAACUGGUGCCGACGAGAUUGCCGAAGCCCAGGAGAACUCCCUCUACAAGAACAUCAUCAACGUUUGCGACCAGAUGACACAGAUCCACAAGGAGCUCAACGGCCUCCUCCAGAACGAGUACGCUAGACGGCCGAGGAACUACGCCGACUUCCAGGACGCUUGGAUUCGUCUCCAGGAUGGUGUCAACUCACUUCUGGAUCGUGACCGCAACCCUGUACAAGGUGGCGCUGGCAAGAGAAACGAAGAUGGUAUCAAGCAGCGUUUGGAAAAGAAGGAGGGUCUGUUCAGAAAGAACAUGAUGGGAAAGCGUGUCAACUUCGCUGCCCGUACCGUCAUUUCGCCUGACCCGAACAUCGAGACCAACGAGAUUGGUGUGCCACCUGUGUUCGCCCUAAAGCUGACCUACCCUGAACCCGUCAACGAUCACAACUACAACGACCUCAGACAAGCUGUCAUUAACGGACCUUACGUCUGGCCAGGUGCUGUUGCCAUCGAGAACGAGAAUGGCCAAGUCAUCAACUUGCAGAUCAAGAACGCCGAAGAGCGUACCGCCCUUGCCAAUCAACUUCAAGCUCCCUCAAGCACCAAUGUCAGUGGUGUGAAGACCAAGAAGGUUCAUCGCCAUCUGAACAAUGGUGAUAUUGUCAUUAUGAACAGACAGCCCACACUUCACAAGCCCUCGAUGAUGUGUCAUAGAGCUCGCGUUCUGCCUGGCGAGAAGACUCUGCGUAUGCACUACGCCAACUGUAACACCUACAACGCCGAUUUCGACGGUGACGAGAUGAACUUGCACUUCCCUCAAAAUGAGCUUGCCAGAUCCGAAGCUAUCAGCAUUGCUGAUAACGAUCAUCAAUAUCUAUCAGGAACCGCUGGAAAGCCCCUUCGUGGUCUGAUUCAAGAUCACAUUUCGAUGGGUGUCUGGUUGACUAACCGCGACACAUUCUUCGGCCGUGAGGACUACCACCAACUGCUGUACGCCGGUCUCAGACCAGAGAACAACCACACUACUUCGGGACGUGUCGAAACUGUGCCACCUGCUAUCAGAAAGCCUUACCCGCUCUGGACCGGUAAGCAGGUCGUCUCAUCUGUUCUCAAGAACCUCACCCCUGAGGACUUCCCCGGACUCACCAUGACCUCCAAGUCGUCCACUGCUGCUAAGCAGUGGGGUACCAACUCAGAGGAACAGGUCAUCAUAUUCAAGGACGGUGAACUGCUCUGCGGUAUUUUGGACAAAGCACAGAUAGGACCAAGUGGUGGCGGUGUCGUCAACGCUAUCUACGAAGCUUACGGGCAUACUAUUGCUGGAAAGCUCAUGAGUGUUCUCGGUCGUCUCUUGACCAAGAUGCUCCACAUGCGCGCCUUCUCAUGUGGUGUUGAAGAUCUUAUCUUUACUCCUGAGGGCGAGAGCAUGAGAAGAGAAGCCCUCAGCAAGUCAAACGCUGCUGGUCUCGGAACUGCUGCCAAGUACGUCUCUCUACAAAGCGAGAGCCCAGACUCCAAUGAUCCCGAGUUGCGUAAGCGUCUCGAAGCAGUCCUCCGCGAAGACGGAAAGCAAGCUGGUCUUGAUACUGUUAUGAACCAAGCUACUGCAAAGGUUUCAGGUGACGUUACAAGUACCUGUCUGCCUGCUGGUCUGGUCAAGCCUUUCCCCAAGAACCAAAUGCAAGCCAUGACUGGUUCCGGAGCCAAGGGCUCUGGUGUCAACGCCAACCAGAUCUCUUGUAACCUUGGUCAACAGGUUCUGGAAGGACGCAGAGUCCCCGUCAUGGUCAGUGGUAAGACUUUGCCUUGCUUCAAGCCUUUUGAGACAAGUGUCAGAGCAGGCGGUUACAUCGUUGAUCGUUUCUUGACUGGUGUCAGACCUCAAGAAUACUACUUCCACGCCAUGGCUGGAAGAGAAGGUUUGAUUGAUACUGCUGUCAAGACCUCCAGAUCCGGAUACUUGCAGAGAUGUUUGAUCAAGGGUAUGGAGGGUCUUAAGUCUGAGUACGACACCACGGUUCGCGAUGCCGAUGGAUCCAUCAUCCAAUUCAUCUACGGUGAAGAUGGUCUAGAUGUUGGCAAGGCCAAGUACCUUUCAGACUUCAAGUUCAUCGCCGAGAACCACAUGUCCAUGUUCCACAACCUUGGCAUCAAGUCGGAGUUCGGCCGUAUCAUGAGCGUCGAGGCUUCUGAGUACAACAGGAGUGCCGAAAAGAAAUACAGGAAGACCGGCGAUCUUGGAGCCAGUGACCCUGCUCUGUCGAUCUACUCACCCGCACGCUUCGCUGGUAGCACGUCUGAGAAACUCAUGCGCGAUGCCAAGAAGUACAUUGACGAAAACCCCGACAAGCUCAUCAAGGACAAGAAGCGCAACAUUGAAGGUGUCUCUGGCUUAACUAAGAAGAGUCUCCAGGCCAUCAUCGACGUUCGUUACCUCAAGUCGAUCGUCGAGCCUGGUGAGGCUGUCGGUGUUGUUGCUGGUCAGUCAGUUGGCGAGCCCUCUACACAGAUGACACUCAACACUUUCCAUUUGGCUGGUCACGCUGCAAAGAACGUCACACUUGGUAUUCCUCGUCUGCGUGAAAUUGUCAUGACAGCCAGUGCCACAAUCGGUACGCCUACCAUGACUCUGCACAUCAACCCUGAGAUCACCAAACAGCAAAGCGAACAGUUUGCCAAAGGUAUUAGCAGACUUAGUCUCGCUGAGACUCUUGAGAAGGUCUCGGUCACCGAGAAGAUUGGAAGAGGUGUCGCCUAUGAGCAGGCCAAAUCCUACACCGUCCGCCUGCAAAUGUAUCCCUCUGAGGAGUACACCAAGGAGUACGCUAUCACUGUCGAGGAUGUUGCUCGCACCAUCGAGACCAAGUUCCUUCCCAGACUCCAGGCCAUCGUACGCAAGGAGCUUAAGAAGAAGGGCGACCAGAAGACCCUCAAAAAGUCUGAUGCCAUGCCCGAGAUUGGCGAGUCUGCCGGUACUAUCGAGCAAGAAUCUGGACGCCCCGAGGGUGAACGCGAGGGUGGCGACGACGACUCUGACAACGAGGGCGAUGACGACGCUACUCGUGACAAGGCCAAGUCAAACAAGACUCAAGGCGGUUACGAUGAUCCCGAUGACGAGGAAGAGGCUAUCGUAGCUCGUGGUCGUCGUGAGACUACACCUGAGGAGCAAGAAGACGAGGGCUUCGUUGGCAGCCCCAACACUUCCGACGACUCCGACUCCGACAUGGAUGACGCCGAAGCCAGCAUCAAGAAGGUUGCUUACAACUCAAAGGAGCGUGAGGAACGCAUCAAGAGCAACAAAUACACCAACGAUGUCUCAGCAUUCAAAUUCGACGACAAGACUGGUGCAUCAUGCACCUUCACCAUCGAAUAUGCUGCAGAGACCGCCAAGCUUCUCAUGCUCAACUUGGUGGAGAACUGUGCUCGCGACGCUCUCAUUCAAUCAGUUCCUGGCCUUGGUGCCUGCACGGUGAUGGAGGAAAAGAACUUCCUGGACAUGAACACUGGCAAAGAAAGCGAUGUCGAUGUGAUUACGACUGAUGGUGAGAACCUUAUGGCCAUGCGCACCUACCAGGACGUUUUGAACCCCAACCGUUUCUUCACCAAUGACAUCGCUGCCAUGCUCCGCUUGUACGGUGUAGAGGCUUGCCGUGCGUCCAUCGUCCGCGAGGUAUCUGGUGUCUUCGGUGGUCACGGUAUCAGUGUUGACCAGCGCCACUUGAACCUCAUCGCCGACUACAUGACCCGUGGCGGUGGCUACCAAGCCUUCUCCCGUCAAGGUAUCAAGGGCAACACUUCGCCGUUCAUGAAGAUGAGUUUCGAGACCACUGUUGGCUUUCUUCGCGAUGCAGUCAUGGAGGAAGACUUCGACGACCUCAGCGGUCCCUCCGGGCGUAUUGUCGUCGGCAAGAUUGGAAGAAUUGGUACUGGUGGCUUCGAUGUCAUGAUGCCUGUGCUCCAGGUGUCAAGUCCUGCUAACGAAGAUGUGGAGAAGAACGGCGAUGUCAUGGCCGUUGACCAAAGCAGCGAGAGCGAAGAUGAGAGCGACGACGAGUAG